UGCUCGAGUUAGUUCCAAAAGUGGAAUGAGCGAGUUAAGUGGUGCGAGGUAUCGGUUGCCAAUGGAGCUUUUUCCGCCAACUCCGGCAGGACUCGAUGCUAUUUAUUCCCUAUGUCGAAAAAUUUAUCCAGAUCAGGUGAACCCUCUCCAAGUAACCGCACUGGUGAAGUAUUGGCUUGGUGGACCUGAUCCUCUGGAUUAUAUAAGCAUGUAUUCUAAUCCUGGUGUCCCAGAAAAGAAUAUCCCUCCACAUUGGCAUUAUAUCAGCUUUGGCCUGUCAGAUCUUCAUGGUGAUGGCAGAGUGCACGAUAUUACUGGUCCUGAAUCACCUAGUGGUUUUGGUUUUGAGUUGACAUUCCGAUUGAAGCGUGAACCAGGUGAAACAGCACCACCAACUUGGCCAGCAACAGUAAUGCAGUCACUUGCAAAAUACGUGUUCCAGUCAGAUAAUGUUCUUUGUGCUGGUGACCAUGUUUCCUGGCACUGUGCACUUGAUGGCAGUGAAUCACGUAUACAGCAUAUGCUGAUGACACAGGAUCCUCAGUUGGGUUCCAUACGCACUCCCUAUGGAUCUGUUAACUUUGUGCAGAUUGUCGGUGUAACAGCUGAAGAAUUGCAGGCAGCACAACAGUGGAAUGGGCCUGGAGUUCUUGAUAUACUGAAGAGGUUACCAGGGGCUGGUAGCCAGUGGCUAGUGACUGACAUGCGUCGGGGGGAAAGCAUGCAGGAAAUAGACUUGGCAGCCCAGGAGGAAGUAGAUCAAGGUGUUGAGAAAGAUGGCUCCAAUCUAAGUGGCGUAAGUGCUCGGUGUUCCUGGACAGAUGUAAACAUGCAGAACCUGAUCCAUCACAUUGUUGGAAAUCGUAAUGAGGAAACUGAAGAGCUUCUACCAGAGGAUGGUGUUAAUCGAAAUGAAUGUUCAAGAGGACAAGGCUGUGUUGACCGUCCCUCGAUUUCUGAAAAAGAUUCUCAGCUCAUCAAAGCAGCAUUGAGAAAAGGGUUACUGAGCACAAAAAUUGGAAAAUCAUUGGACUUGGAUGAUAAUGACAAUGUUUGCAAGAAGGAACUAACAGGCACUACAUCAAAUGGUGAUGCAGAUAUUCUUGAGUCAACAGAACUUCUACGCACCAGAAAACUGGAGGGCUUACAUCUUACAUUCAACCUAGAAGCUGGGGAAUUAUUGCCAUUAGCUAUCAGGGGACGUGUAAAACAUGGUAGACAUUUCACAUUCAAAUCGAUGAUGGGGGAUACAGCUAUAACUUUCGUAGCUCCGACAGUAACUGGAACGUUGGUCGAUGAUGAUAACCCUUAUGUAGCUCAUGGUCCGUGGUUACAGGUUCUCAUUCCAGAUGAACUGGCUGAUGAGAUGUCGGAGAGCUUCGAAAUAUUUAGUAAUCGUGGAAUGUUGGAACUACCGAAAACAUUUCUUUGGCCUCACCAUAACCUUGCCAUCACAAUAGUCGAGGACAAGCCACACAUAUGAAGAAUAAGAUCUGUGAAAAUCUCAGAAUUUUUUUAUACAUUUCUGUGUGCAUGUAUAUAUGUAUUUUGGCUGCCUAAUUAUGCUGUUGUUAAUACGAUUAAUGGCUUAGUGUGUGAAAGAAAAGGUAGUGUCUUGAACUUUCAGCUCAUCCAGGCAGCUUCCGUCCCAUUAAGAGAACUCAGUUGUCAUGCCACGUCAUGUCCUCUUAAUAAUUUACAUAAUCAAAGACCAUGAGGUACUGUCAAUAUUUAAAAAGUGAAUGUCAAUGACUGGGUAAUUUAUAAGAAUGUGGAAGUUACAAAAUUUAAAAUGCCUGCUAGGCCAAAUGCAUCUGUCUGACUCAAGUUUUAGGGGACCAUAAAUACAAAUUUGAUGUAUGAAGUUACAAAGUUGUGAAUUUGUAGUAAAUUUUUAAUACAAUCACUAGUAGUAAGAAAAUAAUUGCCAUUUUGUGCAUAAUGACAAAUGUUAAAAGGAAAUGCUUCAUUAUAUUGGGUGGUUACCUCGAUUUGGUCAUUGAUGUUUAUUUAUCUGUUCACUGAUGUUUGUUCAUUGUAUCAAGAUAGAGAUCAGCACAUAAUUUUUAAUUACUUCUUGUUAAAAAGUUUUUUUAAAAGUUACAAAAAGACAAUUUGGAUUCCUUUGCUUCACAAAGAAAUCUCUUAAAAAGAAACAACUAUUACUGGUAACCUUUUUUUGCUUAAGAAAAUAGUAAGAUUAAUUGGAGUAUAGUACAACUUUACUCCUUGUGGCACAGCUGUUAAUACUGUUCUUUUUGUUAUGGAAUGUAGUUUCAUUUUGGUUAUCACUGGUUAAACCUUAGGAUGCUAUUUUCAAUACAAAUAUGGACAAUAUACUCACACUAUAUCCUCUUAUUCUGAUAAAAGAAUGUAAAGUUUGUAAUGGUGUGCACUCUUUUUAUAAUAACCAAGACUGAACUAUUACUUGUUAACUUUACAGUUACUGUUUCUCAUUAUGGAGGGCUUGACAAACCAACUUGUGUGUGUGUGUGUGUGUGUGUGUGUGUGGAGAGAGAGAGAGAGAGAGAGAGAGAGAGAGAGAGAGAGAGAGAUCUAUGCUCAUUUGUCCUUGUGAAUGUGCCACAGUAGCUGUAUCUGCAUCCAUGGCUCUCCCUCUUCCUCCCUUUCUCCAGAAUAUGUUAUUUGACCAAGGUGGGCGCACUUGUUUUCUAGUUACAGUAUAAUAUUAAUGAGUCCACUUGCAGCUGUAUUUAAUAUAGUAUCUUAUUUGCGGUGUACAAUUCUGUUAUCAGUUGUUAAGUGUUUACUCCUGUUCAUAUAUUUAUUUAUAGAUUUUCUCCUUAAAUUAUUAUUGUAAAUGUUUAAAUUAUGAUUGUGAACUACAGUACUUUCCAUUCUUCAUUAUCAGCAGUCUUCUUUCUUCCAUCAUGUUUUUAUUUAUUUCAUUCCCUUAGUGCUUAGUUAUUGAAUCAUAUUUUGUAUAUUGAGUUACUGCAGUAUUAAAUUGAUUGUAAAUACCUCAGAUUGUUGACAUGCUAUGUUUCUUUUGUAGUAUACGUUUCUGCUUUGCAGUAUGAAACCUGUGUAUCAGUAUUAAAUACAAGUGAGCUCACACAUCUUUUAAUUUACAAAUCAUUGUAGCAACGAUUUUGUUUUAUUUUUAUCCUUAUUUUGUGCUGUAUUGACAAAAUAAAGAAUAUUACUGUUAACUAA